UUGUUCUAACCAUUCUAGACUGCUCCGCCAGCAUACACAUACACGCUGCUCUCCACAGAAUAAAGGUUUAUUCACACGUGUUCCGGCGUUCAGCUCACGUGACAGCUAGCGCAGCCCACAGCUCAGCAUGGGCCGGUCAAUUGACUUGACGAGUAAAGUGGCAUUAUUAGGUUUAUGUACACUACUCAUCUCUUUUAGCAAUCCAGUUUCUGGGAUUAAAUGUUGGGAAUGUAACAGUGCGUAUGACAAGAGAUGUGGGGAUACUUUUGAAAAUAUAACAACAGAGUUAGUGGACUGUGAUCAGCGGACCCCUGAGAUGACCCAUCUUCCCUUGAAAAAGGAUGGAGAGCCCUUUACUGCCAGUGUAUGUAGGAAAACAGUGCAAACAACAAGUUUGUGGGACGUGACCGGGGUUAACGAGGAAACUAGAGUUAUCCGUUCCUGUGGCUGGCUUCCAAAUGAAGAGAACUUUCUAGGAAGAGACUGUUUCACCAAGACCGGCACAAAUAAGGUGAUGGUUUUCCACUGUGUGUGUCACUCGGAUGCAUGUAAUGGCGGAAACCUUGUUCAGUUUUCUCAUUUCUUCAUUCUUUUCAUCCUCAGUAUUAGUGCCUUGCUUACCAACCACAGGGUUUAAGUAUCCUGCAAGGAUUGAAUCCCCUGAUCUUGAAUCCAGGAAACUGCUAGAAUAAGAUCCUGCCUCUUUUAGUUUCAUCCAAACUAAAUAUUUCAUUCAUCAAAUUAUAAAAAGAUGAUUUACUUCACAUUCUUCUAGAGCUUUUCAAUAUCGCGGCCACCACACAACAACUUUAGUAACAGAGUACAGCCUCUUGUACAAGCUUUAUAGUUAUUCUGUGUACUUUACAAGCUUUUUCUUUUGAAUGUCAAAAGUAUUAUAUAGGACGGACUUUAGUGCUUUAGUACAAGCUUUAAUACUUCAGUUUACUUCUUUCCAAGUUUUUCUGGUGCAAAGCCUUAAGUACUUUGGGACGAGCUGUAGUACUUCACUCAGUACAAGCUUUAGAAAACUUCAGUACACCUUAGUAUACUUAAGUACUUGUCCUUAUACUUCAGAAUACUUCAGUACACCUUAGUAUACUCAAGUACUUGUCCUUAUACUUAGAAUACUUCAGUACACGUCAGCAUACUAUAAACACUUUCUUAGUGUACAUAUGUUUUGGCAUGCUUGAGUACACGCAUAAUUAAUAUACUUUAGUACACUAUAGUAUAUUCCAGUAAACUUUUGUGCAACUCUAGCAUACUUCAGCAUAUUAAAAUAGUAAAACCAAAGUUGUCCAACACACAUUAUUUUGAUUAACGCUUUCUUUAAAAUCUUAAUAUCAAUGUUAAAAUCUGUUUAAUUGGUUUAAACCAUUUUUGUGAAACAAUAAAUUUACAUAAAGCUUUAUGAACGAGGGAUAUUUAGAUAUUUAGAAUCUCUGUUAUUUAAUCACUAGCCAAUAAUAUAACCAAUACAAAUUUACCACAGUCAACAAAUUUCAAAUAAGAAAAUAAAAAAUGUAUCCGUUCUUUAUGAAUUAGUGAAACUACCAUUGUUUCAUUGUUUGGAUAAAAACCCUCCUCCAGUUGGUUUGCUUUCAUUGUGAUAUAUCUUAAUUGGUAUCAUUCUAACUUCAUUGUUCAUUUUGAAACUGUUAAUUACUCACGCAUAAUGUUGCAAAUGUUUUAAUUUCAAAAAAAGGGGUUUCUUUAUUCGUUUACUAAUUUCAAUUAUUAACAAAAGACAUUCACACAAUACAAUUGUUCUGAUACCUUUACUUUUGAUGUUUAGAUUAAUAGUUUGAGAAUUGCUUUAUAUUUCUUAACAAUUUGAAUUUAAAUAUUUUAGAUUUUUGAAUCUUGUAGCAGAACAGCUAUAAUCAGAAGACCAGAUUUGAUAUUUGAAGAAAUGUGUUUCUUAAAACUAACGAUUUUUAUUUGUAUAUAAAAUAAGUUAAAAAUAUUUCUCCUGAUUUCUUGUUAAAAGUUGCAUGUUUUUAAAUGUGCGUUAAGUUAAUGUUUAAGCAUUAUAUUUAAAUACUGAAUGCAAUAUUUCAUUCAUGUGAUUUAUAUGUAGUCAUUAACUUGACGAAUAUAUUUACGUAUAUAUUAUUUAUUUACAUGAAGACGAGUACUUGUCUUUAAACAUUUCUGCAUUGGUCAAAUCAAUUUUUCUUCUUCGCCAUUUUUGAUUCCUAUUUGGUGUGGAGAAAAACAGCUGAUUAAUGUCAGAUUUGGUUUUGGCGGGAAAAUCUUAGAAUCAGUAACUCCGGGAGUGUGCUUCUAGUCAACACAGCCGUGUCGGCCCCUCAUCCUUCAGCUAAGAGCACGUGGAUGUAUGUGGGCCUAGGGACGUGCUGAAUUAGGUUUAAGGGAAAAAAUGUGGAUACGAUUGUAAAUAUUUUUGAAUGACUGCACGAAUGUAGAAAUCUAUUGUUGGUUCAAUAAAUACACUUGUUUUGA